AACGUCCUCAUCAAAGACAAUGGGGACGCUUGUUUGACGAAUUUCGGUCUUCUCCAAGCGCUGGAGGCUGCCUGUGACGUGAUAGUCGCUAUUGCCCUCUUCAAUUUGCGCUCCGUAAGGUGGAUGGCACCAGAGAUCUAUGACCCCGAGCUCAUUGGCAAGGAACGUGGUACUAUCAGCGCUGAGGCUGACUGUCAUUCCUUCGGAAUGUUGAUAUUAGAGCUUGUUACUGGCCAAGAGCCUUUUUCAUAUAUCCCCCAAGACGAUGUUGUGAUUGUCGAACUCGUCCGCGGAGGACGUCCAAUUCGGCCCACGACCUCAUAUAAUAAUCGGCGACCUCAAUACCAAACUAUGGAUGAUCCACUAUGGGAAAUCUGCGAGUCGUGCUGGACGUUCCCGCCAAACAAGCGUAUGAAUGCAGAAGAG